CAGAAAGUCCAAGGACAGACAGUUCUGCAUCCCCCAUCAAAGUGCUCUUUGACAACAUACUGCUUUUCUUGGACAUAUUUGUCAAUGGAUACCAUGGGAACGAUGGACGAUGGCUGCCUGCCACCAGACAAUGACAUGGUGACGGGACGAGGGUCUAGUGGGGGAGGCCGGCUCCGCAGCACUGACCUGAUCCUGGGCUUCAGUAAGGACCAGUACCUCCUGCUCACUCCCGUAGGGUCCGAACGGACCCAUGAGGUGGACACUGAGGGCCUGGAGACCCACCAGGGGAAGCAGGGCCAGUCAGACCCCUACAGAUACCUGGCCAGCCUGGAGGACAGCACCCAGCACUCUGCCUUUCACGAGUCGGGCCUUUUCUCCAGGGACGAGUGUGACGGGGACCUGGGAGAUCUCCAGAAGGGGGUGGGCAGCGGGGAAAAGUCCCCCGAGCCUCCAAAGGAGGACCGCCCUAAGAAGAAGCACCGGCGUAACCGCACCACCUUCACCACCUUCCAGCUCCAUGAGUUGGAGAAGGCCUUUGAGAAGUCCCACUACCCUGACGUCUACAGCCGGGAGCUCCUGGCCAUGAAGGUCAACCUCCUUGAGGUCCGUGUCCAG